AUGCCGAUUAUUGGCGGUAAAUGCGACAUCAACGCGCCGGAAGUGCCCAUCGGCGGCAAGCAGACACUGUUCUUUCUCAAAUGCGAGCAAAGCCUGCAAUCUGAAAGUGGCAAAGGAGUAUGGGUGGUGAAAAGUCGAAGCGCCUCUCCGGCUACAACUUCAGCAGUUUUACUGACUUCUACAGCACCAGCCACCCUCACUUCCGUUGAAAACCCAGUUGUCCAGCCGCAUUCGCAGCAGCAGUUUUCUAAAUCGGACAGCACUAUAUGCGUGCAAGAUAAAAGUGCUCGUGAGGAUAAUUCUUGUGUGGCGUCGCAUCUCUGCUUACAGCAAGAUCAGCAACAACCCUCGCACUACUUACAGUGCAAUCAAAGUAGCAGCCGCUGGAUGAAGAAGUCGUGUCUGGAAGGACAAGCAUUCAGCUUCGAGCAUCAAACCUGUAUCGUUCCUAGUUCAAAUCCAGUUAAGCAAAGUCGUCUCGGGACUCGAACUGGAGGAACAAAAGCUGUUGCCUGUAAUGGGCACCCGCGGUGCAUCGAUGGUUACUGCGGCAACAUGAUGAGGUGUUUCAGCGGUUGCUGCACGCUCAUCUCCUGUCCAUACGACUUGCCACCUCUGCUUUUUGCGCACUGCUCUCAACAUCGGCAUUGUCCACAACAGAUGUUUUGCUUCGGAGGUUUUUGUUGUCCGUAUGCUGAGUCAGAUGGACUACGACAUGAGACUCAUAAUUAUGAUGAACAAAAGGCGGCUGCAUUGAAGAGUGAAGCAGGUGGUGUACCAGCAGUAAACGAUGAUUUGAACAAAGGGCAAAACAUGGAGAUUUCGCGAACUUCAGCGUCCACUGAGGCAGAUGUGAAGCUCAACAAAGAUUCGAAUGCAUAUAAUUGGCCAGUUCUAGGAGGGUGGCCUGAUUUCAUGCUGCCUUAUCAGGAUAUUCACACUUCCAACACUACCGGAACUUCACUUGGCUCUGAGAUCUCUCCGAAUAUUACAUUGCUCAGUGAAGCUUUUGCAAAACCAGAUUAUAACGCAUCAGCUUUGUCAGAUUCAGCAAACUGCUCAAACUUAUCGCCCCAUAGUUCGCCGAAGAGCGUUAUCAUCCCCGAUGAAAUCGACGUCCAUUCGCUCAAAAAAUGGACAAACAGUAGUGAUGCGAUUGUAUCAGUCGUGCAGGACGAAGAGUGUCCAUCGGCGGCUGAGAGUAGUGGACAGGAGCACUGUUCAACAAACAUAACGGGGAUCAGUGCGGGUGAAAGAAACGCAACAAACAAAAGUGACGUACGGGAGACGCUGAGCCGAAAUGCACACAGUGAUCAGGAAAACGAGAUCCUGAACUGGUUGCACGUCUUCGACAAGUUAUUACCUAGCUUGCACUGUAAUCGCACGGAGUUCGAUGCUACUUUAGACACAAGGUUUCAAAAUGAGCCAGCUAAAAUGCGAGGGGAGGAGCAAAAGAAUGGAACUGGACAAAUUAGUGAUGCAGUAAAGGAGUUACCUAAAUCGUACAAAGGGAAGAUACCAUAUCGAGCACAUGUGAACAAUAGCAGAAGGUCAAAUUAUAGCACAGAGAUGGGAAAUGAGUCUCGAACUAAUAUGCACUUUAUGCCGAAUGCUACUUCCACAGCACCAGCCAUUAAUCGGUCCAGCAUCGCGGGAAGUGGAAGUACUAAGGUUACGACGCGGCCUGCCGAUAAUAAUCGAGAACAGAAAAGAGUAUUACAACAGUUCACGACACAUCCCAGCACCAGCACGAGUUCUAGUUCCAGUUCAGCGAAUUACAAGAAGAAUGAAGCCCUAAUCAGACAGAUCCCGAUAUCCAACAUUUCAAUUUCAAUACCUGCGGCCGACCCUUCGUCGAAUGGAAAAUUUGACAUCAAAAGCAACAGCCAGUUGAAGGCUUUCGCCGGCCACAUAAAUUUCAUUCACGACGGCAAUUCGCUUGCAGGCGAAAGCGUAGCGGACGAGGAGGCUGUAAUAUCUGGAAAUGAGAUCGCCCGUGACUGUAUGAAAGACACAAACUGUACUCAGCUUGGCUUCUGCCCGGAUGCAUAUACGUGCAUGAAGAACGGAGAAUGCUGUAUGCCCAGUAUCACAUGCCCUGACGAUGCACCGCCAACUAGUGAAUGCUUCCAUGAAGGCUGUAUCAGCUCACAGGAAAUAUGUCUGAAAACUGUCGACGAUCUACUGUUUUGUUGCCGAAAUUACAUGAACUUCGAGCAGUUGAUGCUGGAUUUUCACAACAGACAUGAUACAUAA